UAAAAGAAGUAGAUAUUUUUUUUAACCGUUGCAAAAGGAUAAGGAAAACAGCAUACCUACUUCGCGCUCUCUCUGCGUUGCUGAAGUUUAAAUGGCAAUCGCAGCCGCAAACUGCUUGUUCUCCGGCGUCACCUUCGCCACCACCUACCGCCUGUUCUCCACUUCGCAUAAACUCAAUUAUUUGUCUAGUGUUCGUAAACCCUCCGAUGACCAAAAUCAAAUUCCGAUUAAAGUAAAAUCGAAGAAAUCCCCGUGCAAAUCGGCCAUUCAGGAUGAAGAGUUCACCCCGAGGUUCCGAUCGAGAUCAAGAGAUGAAAACACCUUUUCAAAUGCCGAUGGUAGAAGUGCUAGUGACAGAACUGGACGAACCCUAUCGAAAGCCUCCAAAUCACUUGGUGUACAGAAGAAAGGGAACCAGGGGGUUGUGGUUGACUCGAAGGAGCAAAAGGUAGAGACGAGUAAUCUUCAGAAUGCUUCUUCCCUUAGCGCCGUUGUAAAGGUCUACUGUACUCACACUGCGCCAGACUAUUCCCUUCCGUGGCAGAAACAAAGACAGUAUACAAGUACUGGCAGUGCGUUCAUGAUCGGGGAUGGGAAGCUGUUGACAAAUGCUCACUGCGUCGAACAUAAUACACAGGUCAAAGUUAAAAGAAGAGGGGACGAUACAAAAUAUGUUGCCAAGGUCCUAGCAAGAGGUGUAGAAUGUGAUAUAGCUCUGCUUUCUGUUGAGAGUGAGGAAUUUUGGAAAGGAGCUGAGCCUCUUCAACUAGGAAGCUUGCCAACUUUGCAGGAUUCGGUAACUGUUGUAGGUUAUCCACUUGGAGGGGAAACCAUAUCAGUGUCUAAAGGGGUGGUAUCAAGAAUUGAGGUAACAUCAUAUGCUCAUGGAUCUUUUACAAUAACUUGGCAUAAACUCUCAGGUUUUCCUUCUCUUGGGGUUUUGUUGCAAAAAUUGGAGAAUCCAGCUUUGCGGGCGUGCUUAAGUGUGCCAUCUAAUGAGGGUGUACUCGUACGAAAGAUUGAACCGACUGCCCAUGCCAGUGAUGUGUUGAAGGAGGGGGAUGUUAUUGUUAGCUUUGACAAUGUUCGUGUUGGGUCUGAAGGGACAAUACCCUUUCGGUCAUCUGAGCGAAUUGCAUUUCGCUACCUCAUCAGUCAAAAAUUUACGGGUGAUGCAGCAGAACUUGGUAUUAUUAGGAAUGGACAGUUUAUGAAAGUCCAAGUCAUUUUAAAUACGCGGGUGCAUUUGGUUCCAUAUCAUAUUGAUGGAGGUCAACCUUCAUAUUUAAUAGUUGCUGGUUUGGUGUUUACACCUCUUUCAGAACCUCUGAUAGAUGAGGAAUGUGAAGAUAGCAUUGGGUUGAAAUUAUUGACAAAAGCCCGGUAUUCUAUGCCAAAAUUCAAAGGAGAGCAGAUUGUGGUCCUAUCACAGGUUCUUGCAAAUGAAGUAAACAUCGGAUAUGAAGAUAUGAGCAACGAACAGGUUUUGAAGUUAAACGGAACUUGGAUAAAAAAUAUUCACCACCUGGCUCAUCUAGUUGAUUCUUGCAAGGACAAAUACUUAAUCUUUGAAUUUGAAGACAACUUUUUGGUUGUUUUGGAGAGAGAAUCAGCUUUAUCUGCUUCGGAGAGCAUUCUGAAAGGAUAUGGAAUUCCAUCGGUAAGAUCUUGUGAUCUUUUGGAGCCAUACAUAGACUCUGCUGGUCAAAAUGAAUACAUUAACCGACACGAGUUUGGUGACACCCCUGUUUCUAACUCAGAGGUUGGUUACGAUGGUCUUCUUUGGGCGUAAGUGUUUUCUUAUUCUUUUCCAAAUUAUUUUUUCGUAAUUUGAGAGGUUGGUUACUCAUUCUUUACAAAGUUAAUUUUUUGCAAUUUAUGGAGCAGAAGUCAAUUUUGUAGAGAGUGUAAGGGUAUUCGGAGAGUGUACUGUAAAUUUUGUAGAAAUGAUGAAAUCUUGAAAACCAAAUAUCUUCUUUGAGAAGAAUAGUCGAUUAGUAAUAAGUAGGCAGUUCUGUAGUUCCCAAGUUGGAAGCUUUUUAAAUAAGAGAGGAUAACAUU